AUGGCCGAGCGGGGCGGCGGCGGCUGGAAGCGGCACGUCCUCCGGCAGCUGCAGCGGCGCGACCGGGCGCAGAAGGCGCGCUUCCGAGACCUGGUGCAGGCCUAUAACAAACUCUUGGAAAAAUCCUGCUUGCUGAGCACGUACAAGCUACAAGCGGACUCUUUGGACCUACAGAUGGGACUAUCUGCCAGAUCAGCCUUGGAGCCUGUGGACUCCGCGGGGGGUGAAGUCUUGGACUCGGCCCAAGUGCUGGAGCGCCUGAAAAGGAACUACGAGGGGCACAUUGGGCAGCUGCAAAGAAUCAACGUGGAACUGACCUGUGAGAUGAUAGAACGGAACACACUACUCGAGGCAAAGGAGACCGCCCUCGUGGAGCAGAGGGGCAGGUUGGCCUCCGUGAGCGAACAGCAUUCCAACUUGGAGGCUGUGCAUCGGCAGCUGAAGGACCAGGUGGAAGAGCUGACCCAUAAGAACAGUGCCGUGAAGGCUGACUACGACACCUUGCGCGAGCAUUACCGGCACCAAGAAAUGGAGUUCCGUCGGGCAGCGGAAAGAGAGCUGGAGCUGCUCAGAAGUGUCAUGCGGAUGAAGGUGGAGGCUGCUGAACAUCGGAACGAGAAGAACGAGAGGGUAAAGCAGGCCAGGCUGUCCAGGGAGCUGAAGAAGGCCACCAGGAGGCCUGUCGGCAUUGAGAUAGAAGCGGGAGAAGGGAAGGCAGAGGAGCAGAAGAUGUCCGGGGGAGCCGUUCCUGAGCGGGAGAGCCGUGAGAAGCUGUGGAGAAGACCCUUCAGAUCUGCCUCCGCCACCUCCAUGACCCUCACCAGAUAUGUGGAUGCUUUCAAGGGUUUGUUUGAUUUCAGGAUGAAGCGUGGGAAUUCGGUCAGCAGUUCUUCAGUGGACCACUAUUGCUGCCUGCCCUCUUGUGUAGCUGCCUGCCUCCCCUCCACAGUGAGCGAUGCCAAGGCAGCCCACCUCUCUGAGAUCAACGCCAUCAAGUUCAGCCCCAAUUCGGGCAUGGUGGCCACUGGUGGAGCAGACAGGCUGAUCAAACUGUGGAGCGUGGCUGGAGGUCGUCUAGAGCACACCCAGACUUUGGAAGGAGCUACUGGGGGCAUCACCAACCUCGACUUUGACCCAUCGGGAUGCCACGUGUUAGGUGCUUCAUACAACAACGUUGCUCAGCUGUGGAAGAUCGGAGACAAGAAAUGCAGAGAAAUACUCACUGGACAUGCAGACAAAGUGACUGCAGCUAAGUUCAGGUCCACGCGACAUCAGGCGGUGACGGGCAGCCGAGACAGGACGGUGAAGGAAUGGGACCUGUGCAAGGGGUUAUCAGGUUCCAGAACCAUCAACGUCUUCUCCUAUUGCAAUGAUAUUGCAUGUUGCGACACCGUCAUUGUCAGCGGACACCAUGACAAGACAAUCCGGUUCUGGGAUAGCAGGGAACCCGGUUGCACGCAGGUGAUUCCUGUGGAAGGCAAGGUGACUUCCUUGAGUGUCAGCCCCGACCAGAUGCACUUGCUGAGCUGCUCCCGGGACAACGCGCUCAAAGUCAUCGAUCUACGAAUGCACAACAUCCGGCAAGUGUUUAGGGCUGAAGGAUUCAAAUGCGGCUCUGACUGGACCAAGGCUGUGUUCAGCCCUGAUAAAAGCUAUGCCUUGGUGGGCUCUGCUGACGGCACUCUCUUCCUCUGGAAUAUGGAGACAGGCAGCCUGGAAAAGAGCUUGCCCGGAGUUCACAGGUCUUCGGUGAAUGCAGUGGCCUGGGGACCAUCCGGGAUGUACAUUGGAAGUGUGGACCAGUGUCAGAAGCUGGUCCUGUGGAGAUAGCCCCGGUCCUGGGGCUGGGUGGGGUAGGACAGCCACCCUGUCCUUCUUCAUCUGCCUUUGUCUCCUGCAGUCUACUUAGAAUCACCAGCGAGUGGCCCAGUCUUCCUAGGAUGUUGGCAGCGCGGAUUUCUCUCCUCGAGGUGCCACCACUGAAAAAGGCCUUUCUAGGGCCGGAACCUGGGGCCUGGAGCCUCCAACAAGAGGUCUCCGCCAAGCACAGAGGACCUCAGUCUCAGAAGAGCAUUCCUAGCUUUCCCCUAGCAUGAAAUCUCAAGCACUUCUUAGAUAACCUUUCCAAAGGACAGGUGAAAGAUUGGCGAGAGUUGUGACCUUCCUAGAACCUCCCUGCCCCAAGGGGAGGACAAGAAACCCAUCGGAAAACAAUGGAGGGUGGCGGGCGACAAGGGCACAGCCACGGCUGGAAAAUUCUCCGGCUCAUCUUUGUCAAUAAGAACCAGAAGCCACUUGGAAAGGGGUCCUGGCACAAGGCCCCAGCCAGUUCCGUCCCUGGCAUCUCCAGCUGUCAGUCAGCAGGUGAUGGGAAGGGCAUUUCUCCGCCUAACCCUCUGGCCAGCGGAGCCGCUGCUGGGCUUGAUGGACAGGGAGGUGGGACUGACACCACAGCAGGCUGCUUCGUACAUUCACAGAGUGCUUCCACACCCGUUGGAUAAUGCACUUCCAAUCCUCUUUAUAGAUCAUUUGGAACGGAUUUUUUUGUGUGCAGAACAAAAAAUCCACCUUAAACGAUUGAUAAAGUGCAUUGAAAGUGCAUUAUCCAACGUGUGAAGCUCCGGGUUGGGGGGGGGCACGUCUUCUUUCCCCUGCAUUAUAAUGCUUCGUGAUUGCCUGGUUGGGUCCGAAGGGCCGGGGGAGAGAAAUGUUGGCCAGGCUUGUAAUGUUAUCUAAACCGAUCCCUUGUAAGCAUAAAUGGUUGGGCUUGUAAUUCAGACGGCCUUGUGUGUUCUUUACUACGCCAAGCGCAGAGGGGAGACUGCACCAAGCUGUUUCAUAUUUUUUUUCCCAGAACCCUCCUCAAGCUAACACAUGGCGUUGGGGGCAUCUCUCGCUCCCUCUGUGCUUUGACACGGGGAGAAAAUGGAAGCUUGUUUGUGAAAUGUAAAUAAAAGGCUCUCUAAAACAAUGGGGAGAAAGUAUACGGAACCAGCUGCGCCUCCAAAAGUUGCUUUAUUUCCAGGUAAUUUUGGAACUGGGUGAGGGGCAGAGAAUAGGAAGACCCCCAUGUCCUGUAUUCAUCAGAGCCGACA